UCUGCUGCUCCACCUCCACCAGACUCUGUUGCACUGUGUUCCUCCCACCCUCAUGCUUUCCAGCAGAAUCGCUGAGGUGUUUCAUCAAACUCGCCCUGCUGUGGCUGCAGUUGCUUUCUUACUUCGUCUGACUUUUCAGGGGGGUCUCGGCACAGUCCGACAUGGCCAUCUCUAUCUCCCUCCAGUGCCUCGGACUCACGAUACUUGCGGCUAUCCUCCUGCAGACCGUCGCGGUCGCCGUGAGCUUCGUGUACUUCAACAAAGUCCUGAACACGAUGCAAGAGAGUUUUUCGCGGAGCAGCGUCUCCUGUCUGACGAAUUCAAAGCUACAGUCAGAGUUCCUGGAUCCAGCAGCCGAGGGCAGGAGAAGCAGCGAUCCCUGUUGGCAGGUCACACAGCAGCUCCACUUCCACAUCGAGAAGAAGAUUGCUGACAGAUUCCAGGGGGAGAUAUCCACUGCCAUGAGAAAUAAGUUGACGGGAGUGCUGCCUAUCUUGGGCCCUGGGGUGCGUGGGGUUCCUCUUCCUAAAGUUGCUGCCCAUGUAACUGGUGUUGCCUCAUCGACAAAGGCUCCAGCAGCAGCAGAGAGUCCGCGGAGCAGCAGGAGGUACUCCGGCGAGCGCAUCAGCGCGUGGGAGGGACAGAGGGGUCUGUCCUUCCUGCAGAACAUGGAGCUUAAAGGAGGGGAGCUGCUCGUACCAAGGGGAGGUCUGUACUACAUCUACGCCCAGACCUACUUCAGGCUGCCUUCAGCGGGGGAGACGGAGGGGGAAGCAACAGGGGACGAGGGAGCAGAACUCGUCCAGUACAUUUAUAAAAAGAUGAGCUCCUACACGGGACCCAUCCUGUUGAUGAAGUCGUCCCGGAGCGUGUGCUGGCCCCGGGGUCAGGAGCCGGGCCUGUUCUCUCUGCACCAGGCCGGGACGGCCUUUCUGCAGCCGGCCGACCGCCUUUUCGUCACCGUCAGCAACGCCAGCGCCAUGGAGACGGACGGGAGGGCGAGCUACUUUGGGGCUUUCCUGGUGGACUAAAGGAGUCAACCGGGGGCUAGCCAGAGUGGUCAGGAGACGAUACAUGUCGCUGUGUGAAGAUACAAGACUGGAAGAUAAGAGAAACAUUUAAAAAAAAAAAAAAAAAACUUAUGGAGAGCAGCGCUGUGGGGCUGAGAUCACUAAGCUGCAGAGGAAAAAUGAAUCCUCCGCCCCUCUAAAAGCAAGAAGGAUGAGCUGUCUUACGCAUUUACUCCAAAAACAGAAAGUUAUGAACACACUUCAUAUGCAGCGAUGACUGGAAACAAGGACAUACAACUGGCGCCUUUGUUGUGAUUCUGUGUGGACCAGCUGUACUUGGAAAGCGCACCGUUGGGAACUGAUGAAUAUGUGUGCGCCGGUACAACAUGUGUGGAUUAUGUUAAAGAAGCACUAAAACUGGAUUGUAAAUACUGGGACUGCUUUCUAUUGUGAGAACUGAAAAAAA